AUGACACAGAUACCUUUCUCUUUGGCCUGGACUUCUGGUGCCGGACACAAGAAGAUUUAUGACCUGCACCAAAUCUACGGCGACAUCGUUCGAGUCGCCCCCAACGAACUUAGUUUCGGGUACCCCGAAGCUUGGGAAGACGUCAUGGGCCAUCGUAAGCGUGGACAGGCCGAGAAUGGCAAGGACCCUGACUUUUGGAGAGGCAACGACAUUUACACUCUGGUGGGAUCGGAUCGUGAGAGGCACAGCAGGCUCCGAAAGAUCCUGUCCCAUGGAUUUUCCGCGCAGGCAAUGAUGGAGCAACAGCCAGUCUUCCAACGCUACGUGAACACAAUGAUGAAGAAACUGAGGGAAGUUUCGUCGGGAGGUCAAUCUGUCGAGAUGACGCAGUGGCUCAACUGGGCUACUUUCGACAUGGCGGGAGAUCUUAUCUUUGGCGAGUCCUUCGAUUGUCUUGAAAAGGCGCAGUACCACCCAUGGGUGAAACUCCUCUACAAACACAUUGAAGGGUUCGCCGUUUCAACUGCUCUUAUUCGAUAUCCCUUUGCCGACACUAUCAUCAAGCUCAUGACACCCAAACAUGUCGCGCAAGACAUAAAGGCCCACAGUGACUUUACCAAGGCACAAGUUGGAAAGCGCAUGGCGUAUGAGAAUCCUCGGCCAGACUUUAUGGAGUCCAUGAUAAGAGCCUACGAGAAAGGUGUCAAUCAUGCAGAGCUCCUUGCUAAUGCACACAACCUAAUCACCGGCGGCUCGGAGACAACUGCGACCACUCUGGCCGGCACUAUAUACCUAUUGGGGACACACAGACCGAUUCUGACGAAGCUAUAUGUAGAAAUAAAGGAACGGUUCCAGAGCGAGGAGGAUAUUGAUCUUCUCAGCGUGCAGAAGCUCGAGUACAUGUUUGCAGUCUUGCACGAGGGGCUUCGUGUCUACCCAGCAGUACCAGCCGCGAUUCCUCGCAAGACAAGCGAAGCGGGCAUGAUUGGCAAUCACUAUGUCCCGGCCAAUACCAUAGUUUCCAUUUGGCCGUGGCCUAUGUUUCACAACCCGAAGUUCUUCAAAGAUGCUGAGUCUUUUGUACCCGAGAGGUGGCUCGGGGAUCCCAAAUAUGAGGACGAUAAAAGAGUUGCUGUGCAGCCCUUUUCUGUUGGACCCCGUAACUGCAUUGGUAAAAAUCUGGCCUAUGCUGAGAUGCGUUUGAUUCUGGCUAAAUUGAUAUGGAACUUUGACAUCGAUAUUGAUCCCCGGAGCGAGGAAUGGCUGGAAAAGAACACUGCCUUCCUACUGUGGGAAAAACCAGAUCUCUGGGUCCGCCUCACUCCACGGUCCGAUCUCUAG